AUGGAUGACAUUCUAAAACGACGUAUAACUACGUUAAUUUACGACGAAUACCGCAAGUUAAAACCUAGCAGCAAACCUGUCAUCAAGUCCAAUGGAACCAAAGAAUGGACUGUUUUAGCUGGAAUAAUUGCAUGGGAUCACAAAACUAACACAAUACAAAUGAUCUGCAUAUCUACUGGUGUUAAAGCUCUCCCCAAUGAGUUACUCGUAAGAAGUAACGGAAAGAUGCUACACGAUUGUCACGCCGAAAUACUUUCCAUACGAGGACUUAAUGCUGUAAUUUUGAACCAUAUCAAGAACUUGAAAGAAGGCGGUACUUCUGAUUUAAUCAAUCAAAUAGGUGAUAAGUACGAAUGGAAAAAAGAAAAUAAACUGAUACUAUACAUAUCCAGAGUACCUUGUGGCGAUGCCAGUAUGGAUACCAUCGAGUCUCAGGAUGACACAUCUGAGUCGUACGAAAUAUUAGAUGAAAAUAAAAUGCAGUACCUAGAUGAAAGAAAUAAUACAAUCUUAAGGGGAAGGCUAAAUUUUUCCAAGAAAGGUGUUGUAAGGAGUAAACCAGGACGGUAUGAUUCACAAAUUACCCUUUCUAAAUCAUGCUCAGAUAAGUUGUGCACAAAACAGGUGACCUCAUUAUUAAAUUGUCUGACAUAUGAGCUAUUAUCUAAACCUUUAUAUCUGGACUACAUAUUAAUUCCAUCCUUAACCAGAACUGAUUUGAUUGGCCUUAAGAGGUGUUUCCAAGACCGCUUAGGAGGUACUUCGAAUGAGGAACAAUCACAUAAGCCCAAAAAGUUCAAAAUAGAGAAUUGCGAUGAGAAAUUUUUAGAUGAUAAACAAUCUAAAGAUGAAACUCCAAGUGCGAUGAGCUCAAUUAAACUGUACUACGAUAAAUCUAACGUUCAAGAACAAGCUAUUUUGAAUGGUGUCAAAAAUGGUUCAUUCACAAAAGGAUCUAAACCGCUUCGAAAAGGAUGCGAAACAGCAAUAUCCAGGUAUAGUCAGUGGAAUCUUUACAAUCAGAUAAAUCCUGUUCAAGACAAAUCAUAUCUUCAGUUCAAAAAGGAACACAAAACUAGGAGAACUAUGGUCGAAUAUAUCAGACAAAAACUUUCAUCAGAUGGAUGGAUUAAAACACUUGAAGAUAACUGUAGUAUAUAA